AUGUCUGUCUUUCAGAUCCCGUUCUCUCUGGUUCAGUUUCCUCUUUGGGAGUAUUUAAAGACGCAGUGGACGCAGAGGCAAGGUCACACGCUCUCGUCUUGGCAGGCGGCUGUGUGCGGAGCUGUUGCAGGCGCCGCGGCUGCAUUCAUCACCACUCCGCUGGACGUGGCCAAGACCCGGAUCAUGCUCGCUAAGCCGGGGACGACCGCAGCCGACGGCAACAUCCUCCCGGUGCUCGGUGAAGUGUGGCGGACCCGAGGUCUCUCCGGGUAA